AUGAAUAAAGGCUACGGAAGGAAAACGUUUAUAGGAUGUUGUAUAUUCAGUACCGUUACUAUUUGUAAGUUUUUAAAUAUUUUUGUUUUAAUUUUAGGCUGGAAAAGAUGGUAGAGACGGUCUAAAACACCGUUUAUUUUGUUGAAAUACUUGUUUUUGUUUUGGAUACUGACCGAGAUUUAACGUUGUAUUGUUUUUAAGACUGAAAUUUAUCUUAAAAUGUAGAAAAUCAUUGUUUUAAGUACAGAUUUUAUAAUUUUAGUGGUGGUACUAUACGAUGAAAAGUUACAACGAGAAAGGAGACAAGUGAAUGUGAAGUACAGGUUAAAUCAAAUCUCACAAAAGGAGAAUAUGGCACAAUAUGAAACUCAACGACAACGAGGAUUAAAUCAACAAUAA